GCAGUUGUUCUUGUUGUGUGUGCGUGAACCGUACGUGUAUGCUAUUUGUUUACAAUUAUACACACGCGUUCAAUGUCGGCUGCCGCUUCCCACUGCAACGCAGGUCAGCUCGAGAAGUUAUUCAUGAAUGGAGUCCGUGACUGUGUGUUUAUAUUGAAGGUCUAACGUUAGACUUAUGCAUUGACUUCAGUAUUCUUCGCUUGCACAAUUUCGUGUAAUUUCUCGGUGUUUUAAUCACACCGUUGUGUCCGUCAUGGCAUCAUUUUGCGGGCGAAAUACGAAUUCAAAGGACUGAAAUUACCGAACAGUUUUGUUGUAUGUUGUGCUGUGGUGAAGGAACUUCAAUCAUGUGUACUAUGUACAUGUGGAUUCCAUAUUUGCGAUAGGACAAAUCUACACCAUACUACAUAUAGGCCUACAUAGAGUACAAAAUUCAGUCCAGCCAAUGGCCCAUAUAUGUACAUGGAACAAUAAAUGAUUGUCUGGACGUGAUCAUUCCCUCGUGGAGUUCAUUGGCCCGACGCUAUUUAAAGCCAUAAUAGAAGAGCAUGGUGAAAGGUGACUGUCAACUAAAAUAAACAUCUGUAAUAUGGCAUCAUUUGCACCACUUUCCUUCUCUAAACUUCCACAUGAAAGAUAAUCUCCCCAAUGGAGGCUAUGAGAACACAGGUCCCCUCAUGUCAAAAUAAUGGCAAGGAGGACCCAAUCGCCGGCUACUCCAAGAGAACUUUGAAGGAACUCGACGAUGUCCCAAUGGAUGAGCUCAUUGUAGGCCCUUUUGCUACCGAGGAUCCAUCAGGCAGCGAGGGUGAUGACGGGUGGAUAGAAGACUCUGAUGAAGAAGUCCCGGCUUUGCGGAAGCUUUCCGAUGUCAACGACGAUAUCGACGAUGGGGAUGAUGAUUCAGACUUCAACUAUGAUGAGAGUUUUUUGUCGACAUCAAAUAAAUGCGCACAGGAUACUUCAGUUGAUAAGAACAUCGAAUAUGAAGUAGCAAAACAGCCAGAGUACACAGAUCUUGUGAAAGAGGGAACAAUCAUUGGCUUGCUGGAACAAAAUCACGAACAUGUCAGAAAGGAGGUAGUAAGGACACAGAGUUCAGUGUCAGUACUUCCAACAGAUGAGAUAAGCAAAAUGCAGAAGAGUAACGAGCGUAGGAGGAAACAGGUGUUAAUAUCCAGAGACAAGGUGAUAAAGAGGACCUCUGUGGUUCAUUCUGACCCAACUUUACACCCUCAGCAAAACACACCAACUUCCCAAAGUAAGACAGUAACUCCACAUGAAAUUCAAAGCUCUGCUAACACGCUUCGGGAUCUUAAGAAGAUCAGCAGUAGUGUGGAUAAGAAAGGUAGUAAUGCCUCAUACUUCACACUUUGGCAUCCAAAUAACAGUGAGGUCAAAACCACUUCACAAUUGCAGAACGUUAACUCCGGAUGUGAGAAGUCAGUUCCAAGGGCAACAGUCGUCAAGCAAAUUGAAUCAUUGAAAAGCGAUCAUGAACACGUCAGGACCAUGGCAGCAAAGAUAAUUGAGUCAGUGGCAGCAAAGGACGGAACAAAGAACAGUGAUAAGGUGCACAGACGAAAACAAGUAUUAGAAACCAUUGCUGAAAAGGAAUCAACAUCUAAACCCGGCUUCAUUCCUCCUCUACCUACAGUACAGGAAACGUCGGGUACCAUUCUUAUAUCACGUAAGGUUAAGCGGGAAGGGUGUGAGGUGGUCUCAGGAAAGUCAGCCAAAUCUGAAAACCUGGUUAGAGGUGUUGUUCCAUAUCAACCUGCUCCAAAGCAAAUCAUUGUUGAGUCGCAUAAGGGAAACCAGUAUUACCCCCAAGUCCAACCAACCUCAAACAUCAAAGACAGUACGAAGGACGGUAAGCUGUUGGGUGGCGAUACGGGUACUAAGAAAAAAUACACGUCGGUGGAAGAGUAUGUUGAAGACCUCAAAAGGAUGAUGCAAGAGAAGGGUAUUUCAAACAUGGUACUGCAUGGUCCUAAACGUGUUAUUUCGGAUGUUACCAAAAAAUUGAAUGCUAUCACCCUUCCGCCUACCUCUGUCUUUUGCAAGGCUCCCUUUGUGAAUAAAGAACCCCUGGAAAUGAAUCCCUCAGUACCUACCGUGAAUAAAGAACCCCUGAAACUUAAUCCCUCAGUACGUACCGCGAAUAAAGAACCCCUGAAACUUAAUCCCUCAGUACCUACCAUGAAUAAAGAACCCCUGAAACUUAAUCCCUCACUACCUACCGUGAAUAAAGAACCCCUAAAACGUAAUCCCUCACUACCUACCGUGAAUAAAGAACCCCUAAAACGUAAUCCCUCACUACCUACCGUGAAUAAAGAACCCCUAAAACCUAAUGUUUCACUACCUACAGAACGUAAGUUUGGUGAAUCCAACAAAUCUAAAGAAUCAUCAGUGAAGAAUGAACGACCAGUUAUGACCCCAAGUUCAGUACGCAUGCCUUCUCUUUUAGAUGGAGCGUCCAUUAAAGACUCUACACCAACCGGCGUCAGUAAACUUGUAGUUGAAUCAAAAGAUUUGCCAAUCACUCUGUCCACACAUGUCAUCAAGGAACCCAACAUCACCGAGAAAGGCGACUCUUUGACCGUCAAGGGAACUGCACCAAAUAAAAUGGCUUCAGUAAGUAGUACCUCUAAAUCUACUGGACCUGUGCAGCUGUUGCAACCGGGGAACAAUCUUGUUCGAUAUACUGUAACUUGCCCCAAUGGUCAGAGAAAAAUUCUCCAGGUACCUGGAGGCAUUCCUGGUGUGAACAACAAAACUGGCUCAGGUAAGCCCCGGAUAUUACUAUGUAAGUCGAGUGUUGAUCUGAAUGUUGGUAGUAUUAUGGGUCCGAAAGCAAAUACAUCGGCAAGCAGUAGCCAGGUGGAGGUCAUAACUCAAGUCCUUUCGUCGGGUGCCAAAGUAAAAAAGAUAAAAAUAGUAAAUAAGUCUGUCUUGUCUGAUGUGCAAAGACGCCCCACUGUGUCCAAUGACAACAAGACAGACCCUCUGAAAAUGACGAUCAAGAAGAAUAUUUACCAGAAAAACAUAGUGUCCAAUCAAGAUGGGACGUAUGUAUUCACUCAAAAGGCAACAAAGGAGCGCAAACAACCAGAAGACCGUUCUACCAAGGUUUCCAAAGACCAAAAGAAACCUGUAGGUAAACAGGAUACAGAAUGUUCCGACUCGCUUGACACAAAGGGCGAUAUUUGCCGAUCCAGUGAUAAUCUUGGGAUCAACUCAACUUCCCGACGGAGAAGUCGGCGGUACAGGAAAGUAUCAAGGCCGUACUCGCCUCCACCACAGAAGAAGAGGAAAGUGACGCCCUCGUCGUCACCUUCAAACCCAGUGAAUUCACCUGGUGACAGAGGCUGCCCUGGCCUGCCUUCGCGUCCUAAACCUUCACCACGACCUGUUGUCGUUUUGAAGAAAGAACUAGACAUUCCACGCGACCUGACGUUCUCGGGCGAUGUGAAGCGAGAUUUUCCUGCAAAGGGAAUAGGGAUAGCCAUUAAAUCCGAACCACUCUCCGAUGAUGAGUUCAUAAAUGCUCUUGAGCCUAGCCCGAGUUUUAUCGAGAACAAGGCGGUUAAAACCGAACCGGAUUACGCUUCCGAUUCCACAGACAUUCCAACCGAUCCGGAGGACAUUGAUGAAUACGAUGUUGAUGCUAAUACCAAUCCUAAAGAGCAGCUUCCAGAAACGACGUCAGCCACUGGCAAUUGUGGGCUCCCGAAGGUUUCCGAUACGGAGUUUUUGUCGCGAGCCGAGAAAAUGCGUCUUCUCCAACAGCGGAUUGAAGAGCAGGAGUCCAUCCUUGAAAACAUCAAGAAACAACGGCAGGAAUUAGAAAUGCAGAGACAGAAUAAUCCUUACUUAGAAGAUCUCAUGUGACUUGAUAUAUACCCAACCCUUCCUUGAUAAAAGAAUAUACGACAAAUUAAGGACAGUGAUAAGAAAGGUAUUAUUAUACACUAAAAGUACUCGGUCUUAUACCACUUUUGCUGCUUCUAUUACUAACUAAGAGAUUUAUUUGUCAUUUAACUCCAUACUACCCUCAUUCUGGGUGGUUUUUUGUUUUGUGACGUCACGUUUUGGGGGUCUUGCCUGCCUUAUCAAAUUACCCUGGCUGGUGCUGCCCAUAUUGAUAAAAAUUAUUGUAAUAAUGAUAAUAACAAUAAUAGUAAUAAUGAUUAUUAUUAACAUUAUUAUUGCUGUUAUUGUUAUUAUUAUUAAUAGUAGUAGUAGUAGUAGAAGUAUGAUUAUUAUUAUCAAUAACUGCAGUGGUUUUGAUUGUUAUAAUAUGUUGAAUAACAAAUAUAACACUUUGCAUGUCAAGCAAAAAUAUACUGGGUGAGACCUAAAAAGCAAACACUAGUAAUAGCUCAACGAAAGGUCACAUGAUGUUGCCCUGAUAAGAAAUCCACCAGUCGACAAACAUUUUCAUACCGAGUGAUCGGAAAAUCCCAAGGACGCAUGGUUGUCAGUGGUCACAAAACACGAUAAUUUUGAGAUCAAAAUAUGGAUAAGUCUGACCCAGAAGGUCGAAAAUAAAUGCAUCGACUUAUUGACAGUUCACUGAUUUAAUGAGUUACUUGGUAACGAUGUUAUGAGUACACUUUGGUGUCAAACUACGGUCGUGUGUUAUUCCGUUCAAUUUAAUGUAUUUCCCAUUGAAAGAAAAUUCCUUUUUGAGAGGACUCUUUACAUAUUAAAGGGAAAGCUUACCCAAAUAACACUUAAAUAUACCAUGAGGUAUAACUCGAAAAAUAUCAACAUCAUAUCGCACGAUGUGACUGGUCCUCAUUUUAUAUUUGGAUUAUUGCCCCAGGGCAAUAGGUAUUUCAGAGAAACCCACAAAUCCUUUAUAACUAAGUACAUAGCCUAUGGGAAAGUUGUCCUUCCCACUUGUCAUAAUUUACUUACCCAGUUGCCAAUUUGAAAUUUAUAUAAUUAUAGGGAUCUCAAUUUUAAAACAGUCAAAACUUUCUUAUUGCUUGUCCAAUUUCUUUCAGACUUUCACCAUUCUGUUUAACUAUACUUUUCUCCUUCAAGAUGAAAUUACAUAAGUUUAUAUUGUUGUACUUGAUUGAAUUAUUGCAUUGUAAAUAAUAUCACCUCACUACUUCUUCAUUUUCCUUUAAUUUGAUUAUUUCAUUUUUAUGUUUUUCUCCUCUUUGACAUUUCUUUGCUAUUUAUUCUUCCUUAUAACCCUAACCCUUUCUUUCUUCCAUUUAUCCUUCUGUUGUCCCUCCUCUACUACUUCUAUUUCCUUUUCGUCAUAUUUUUCUCUUCUUUCCUCUCUUUUUUCUUCCUCAUUUUCUUCAUGUUAGUUUCUUCCCGGUCUCCAAUUUUUCUUCUUCCUUUUUAUUUAGUCGUUUUUAUUCUUUGAUCUUCGUCGUCUUCUCAUAUACGUCAUCAUAUGCUUCACGCUUGUCUCUUGCACAGCUCAUUAUUGGCCUUUUUUAGGAUAGAUGUAAAAGAGACGUAGGCCUAUGUUUUAGUAUGCACUGUAUUUUAACUCGUUUCAAUGUGCUAUACUUCGUCCAUUGCAUUGUUGUAUGCAGCAUUUAAAUCGGCUAAUAGAACCUUUCUAAUUUAUUAUUGUAUUUUUCUUUGUUUACUUAAUGUUUAAUACACGUCCGAGGUUAUAUUACAUGUAAUUAGUAAAUCGGAUAAGAUUUUUUUUUCGUAAGUCAAUUGUUGUGCAGCUAUAGUGUUAAUAUGGUUAAGAUAAGUGUACUUCUCAUGGAAUCACUUUUAAUGAGUUGAUAUUCUUUUUUAAAGGGGUACUCCGGUCUGAAAAUAUUAAUAUCUAAAUACGUAGAGUAAAAUUCAAAGAGCAAAAUGCUGGAAAUUUCAUCAAAAUCGGACAACAAAUAACAAAGUUAUUGAAUUUGAAAUUUUAGCAGUAUUUUGUGAAAAUGGUGAUAUGCGCGUUAUCAUGAAUAUUCAUUAGAUUGGCUGAUGAUGUCACAUCCCCACUUUCCUUUUUCUCAUGUCAUUACAUGAAACCAUAAUUGUUUCAUUUUUACAUACAUGUACAUGUGUGAAUAAUGUGUCUCCUAAUGAAAUAAGUUGCAGCAAUGAAUAUUUCAUGCACGGAAUUAGUUGUCAAUCCAUUUUUUUCAGUUCUUGGUAGAAAAAAUAUUAAUUAACCUAAUUUCAUAUAAUAAAAUACAAAAGAACAAGUGGGAAUAUGACAUUAUCACUUUUCUCAUUGAAUAUUCAUGAAUAUAUGCCAAGAACUGUUUCACCGGAAUAAUGCAAAUCUUAAAAAUGCCAUAAAUGUGUUAUUCCUUGUCAGAUUUCGAUCAAAUUUUCUUUAUCUGUUUAAAUAAGAUUAUUUUCAGCCAGGAGCAUCCCUUUAAGGAUGAGUCAUUAUCAUAUUGUGUAUAUUAUGGUUUGUAUAUCAUAAAUAUUCAUUUCAUUAUCAAUGCAAUACUCUCAUAACAAUAAUUCAUUUUAAUUCCUCGCAGUUUGACGUUAUAGGCAUAUUCCAGAAUGCCGUCAACUGCAUUUCCUGAUUUUCUCGUUUUUAAGGCAAUAUUUCAGAUGAAAUUAAUGAAUGCAGCGCCAUGUUCCCUUUAUUACAUUACGGCCUAUCAUGCUCUACAUACACAACACACUUUUGCUGUAUUUUAUAUUUGUCUCAUACAGCUGAACGCAAUACCCUGACUACUAACAUCUUUCUCUCCUUAAAGGACAAUUCCACCCCAAGAAAAAGUUAAAUUGAGUAAAAAGAGGAAAAUCAUAUAGCAUAUUGCUGAAAAUCUCAUCAAAAUCGGAUUUAAAAUAAAGUUAUGACAUUUUGAAAUUUUGCUUAAUUUCACAAAACAGUUAUAUACACAUCAUUGUCGGUAUGCAGAUGAGGGGACUAAUGACAUCAUUCACUAUUUCUUUUGUAUUUCAUUAUAUGAAAUAUGAAAUAUUUAAAUUUUCUCCUCAUUGUCAUGUGAAAUAAAGUUUUAUUCUUCCAUGAACAUGUGGAACUACCAUUGUUUUAAUGUUUUUUGGCUCAUUCAAGUUGGUCAUUAUUGACAAAUCUGUAAAAAUCGAAAUAUUGUAUAAUUCAAACAAAAAAGCAAAAUAAAUAGUGAGGGACAUCAUCGACUCUUAUGUGCAUAGAACUGUUUUUGUGAAAAAUAGCGAAAUUUUAAGAUUUUAUAACAUUCUUAUUUUAUAUCCCAUUUCGAUGAAAUUUUCAGCGUUAUGCUUGCUUGAUUUUUCUCUAUUGAUUCAAAUCAACAUUUUCAGGGGUGGACUUGACCUUUAAAACACAUGCACAUACACGUAUUUUGAAUGCGAGAAAAUGCAGUCCUCAACGUUUGAUCAGGACAGCAACACUUUGGGGAGGUGCGCCACCUAUCGUCAAAUUUGUGGAAACGGCGUCUGUACUUUAUGCACUUGUAUGUUCUCUCGUCGUGCUGCUAUUAACGUGCGUUCAUCAAUUAAGGAAAAUAAUACGUCACUAUGUUUUUUAAUGUCCUUUUGCUUUAAUUAUUGAUGCACAUGUACAUGUAGAUUUGACUAUAGGUGUUGUCAAAUUAAAUGUUCAAACGCCUGACAAUCAGCAGUUAAAAAGUACUACCACUUACCCAAAUCUAUUCAAUGAUUUUUAUUCUAUGUCUUUACUUGUUAACUCAUUCAUUUGUUUGUACUGACUUGUAGUUAUUAGAACAUCCAAUUGCAUUCAUUUAUUGAUGUUAGUAUGCAUUCAUUAGUAAUGCAUAUAUAUGCCAACUAUACAGUUUAGAUAUGUAUUCCUUUAUUCAUAUAAAUGUAAUUUCCUUUAAA